AUGUCCUGGACCAGCACGGGGACGGGGACAAUGGUAUCUGAUCGAUCUUCUGCUCCCGUUGUCUCCAGCGUCACCGUCGCGGCUAGACCGUCUCCGCCUCGUCGCUCAUCAUCCCUCCACCGAGUAGUCAUCACCAAGCUCCGGCCACUUCCUUUUCAAUAUCGCUGGUCGCUCUGGCAUUCGAAACCAGACGACAAGGACGAAUACCUGCUGAAAACACUGGUGGAGGACGUCGCCGACAUUGGAGCUUUCUACCGCAUUUUCAACAACGUGCCAUGGAACGAUCUCAAACAAAAGGACAGUCUGCAUAUUUUUCGCGCCGGAGUGAAGCCGCUGUGGGAGGACGCCGAGAACCAAAACGGUGGCCGUUGGCUGAUCCGGGUGCGUCCCGAGAACAAUCGAGCCGUCAGAAUGUGGGAAGAGAACACGAUCAUAUCCUCGGCAUGUCUUUCUCCCCCCGACUGUACUUCACCCAUAUCUCCAUAUGGACAAAGCAAGGCGACAACUUGCGCAGUAUUUUGUUGCUGGAACGUGCCAUCAUCGAGGGCUUGUCUCCAGAUCUAA